AUGCCAUACCACUCUGUGACCAUCCUUUACAAAGACUUUCAUCAAAUCGUGGCCCAAGACGCAAGAAGUCGCCAUGACUUCACGGCUCAACCGGAAAGGCGGAAGAGGCUAGCUAAAGCGAGAAAUUGGCUUUGGUCAGCAUCGCUACGCCCGCACCAUUCAUGGGUCUACUGGCAAGAUGUAGACGUUGAGAAAGUCCCAGCAACGAUCUUCGAAGAUCUAAUGAAACACGACAGCGAUGUAGUUGUUCCAAGUGUGUGGAUGACCCACCCAAAAUUUGGCGAUUUCCCGUACGACCUCAAUUCUUGGAUCGAGUCUGAUCAAGGGAGAGCUGUUUCUGGAGCUUUGGCAGAAGAUACAGUUAUUGUCGAGGGAUAUCCCGAAUUCGAAACUAAUCGCACUUAUCUCGCGCGCCUACGACGCGAUGGGGGAGACCCCAUGGAGCAAGUGGAAAUUGAUGCUGUUGGAGGAGUAAGCAUACUUGCUAAGUCCGAGGUGUUUCGGGCAGGAUGUCACUUCCCUGCUUUCAGCUUUCAAAAUCAAGUUGAAACUGAGGCAUUUGGCCAGAUGGCAAAGGCCAUGGGCUUUCAUGUCAGAGGACUACCCCAUUACACUGUUUGGCAUGCGUACGAGGAAGGGCUCUAG